UGCUUAUAAUUUUAACUAAUGAGGGAGAUAUGUCAGCUAGUAUUCGACUAGUUCAGUCUUACAUAUCAAACAGCUCCAAAGUUACAGCAAAUACUAAGUAAUAAUAAAUAAACUUCAGAAGUCGACUAGCGAACUAUACGUUGUGACAUCUACUGAGAAUUUGUUUCCAUCACUUAACUUCCCUUCAUUUUAAAGAGUCUUCAGUGUUUUUAGAGUUCAGCAAAAUGUUUUUUGUUCCAAAUACAGAAGUUCCUAAGUCUCUUCACUCUACUGUUUGACGAUGACAGAAUUCGAAACAAAAACCCAAGCUGCCUGGAAAUUUAAAUCAUCUACCUCUAGAAUUUAUAUAAAUCUUUCCCUUCUUGACAGUUCUUUAUAUUAAAAUGAAUACGACAGAUGAAAAAAAUCAUGGGCUGUUUCUCUAAUACCUAGUUCUUUUCAUUACUAUAUUACUAACAGUUAUUCUUGACAUAAUAAAAUAUUUAGUUUAGAUAAAUCAAUCGACCAAUGAAUCAAUAUCCUGGAAAAAUAAUUUUCUUUGAGUAUAAUACCUUACUUCAUAAGGAAGUUAUUAAUCAAAUAACCUUUAUGUUGUUCAUGCUACCUAUGCUGAUAUUCAUCUCACAAGUUCCUGUUGUAGUUGUCAAAGGUGAACGUGUUCGAAGGUUGAAACGUCAGGCUGAAGAUGCUCCAAGUUCUGGAACGAAAGGUCCAGCACCGUUUGGCGUGACAACUUAUCGAGUUGGGGCGAUGGGAGUUCAAGGAGAACGUGGACCUCCAGGGCCACCUGGUCCGGAUGGUCCAACUGGUCCAAUGGGUUCAGCAGGACCACCAGGAAAACCAGGAGGGCCAGGAAUUCCAGGACCCAUUGGAUUACCUGGACCUCCAGGAACUGAUGGCAAACCCGGUCGAGAUGGAGAAGCUGGAAACCCGGGUCCUUCAGGAGAAGUCGGUCCUCCAGGUCCCUCAGGACCCACAGGACCACCUGGAUUGAAAGGACCAGCUGGAGUGAAAGGCAAAAAGGGUGAAAGAGGUGAUCCAGGAAGAGACGGGUCUGAAGGUCUUCGUGGAGAUGUUGGCGCUCCUGGACUAAUAGGACGCACGGGAGCCCGAGGAGGUAUUGGACCUACUGGUCCACCAGGAGCACCUGGUCAGGCUGGCCCAGCUGGAGCAGAUGGCCUUCCAGGAGUUCAAGGUCCACCAGGCCCACAGGGUCUGCCAGGAGAACCAGGUGCAAUCGGCCCGACUGGUGAUCGUGGAGAAGUUGGUGAAGUUGGAAUACGUGGAGGAGUCGGUGAGCCUGGUAAAUCUGGACUUGAUGGAAAGCCAGGGAGACCUGGAGAACAAGGCAUUCAAGGUCCACCUGGAAAAGAUGGUAUACAAGGUCAAAAAGGUGAUAUAGGUUUCCGAGGACCACUUGGACCAGAAGGUAUGCCAGGUCCUCGAGGAGCACCCGGAACAUCUGGUUCACCCGGAGAACAAGGAACUAAGGGAUCUGUUGGUGUUUCCGGGCCACCAGGAAACCGUGGACCUCAAGGGAAUUCGGGCCCACCAGGUGUUAUAGGUCCUCGUGGCUUGCCAGGGCCUGUUGGAGAAAUUGGAAAGCCUGGCAUUCCUGGUUCUCAGGGUUCACCCGGUGCGAAAGGAUCAGCCGGAGCAGCUGGUUCUCCUGGUGCUCCAGGUAGACCAGGCAUUGACGGCAGGCCAGGUGUCCCAGGACCUCCAGGGAAAAGUGGUCCAAUGGGAAAAUCUGGACCAAGAGGAGAACCAGGUCAAGCUGGACAAGAUGGAAAACCAGGAAGAACUGGCCCUCCUGGACCACCUGGAGAAAACGGUAAAGAUGGUAUACCUGGGGCUUCUGGCCCUCCUGGACCAAGAGGUUCACCAGGUAAAGCUGGCUCAAGUGGACAUCCAGGAACGGUAGGAUCAAGUGGACCUCCAGGACCACAAGGUGAAAUUGGACAACCAGGUCCUCAAGGUGAACGAGGUCUGCCUGGGUCAAUGGGUCCAGCUGGCCCGAAAGGAGAAAAGGGCGAAAAGGGUCCAUUAGGAGAACCAGGUGCACUUGGCGAUUCUGGCCCACCGGGACCUCAAGGAAAACAAGGACCGAUUGGUGAGAAGGGAUUUGAAGGUUUGGUUGGAAAUGUGGGUUCACCAGGUUUGCGAGGACCACGCGGUGAUUCUGGACCAGCUGGUGAACCAGGAAAAGACGGAACGCCAGGAACAGAUGCUCCGGAUGGUGAAGUUGGUGCACCCGGUCCAGAGGGCCCACAAGGACCAGUGGGACCCGUGGGUCCUCCAGGACCUCAGGGUUUACCAGGUACAAAAGGAGAAACUGGUAGCAUAGGACCGAUUGGAAUACCUGGACGUAUGGGAGUAAUGGGAAUACCUGGUGCCCCAGGGCCAUCUGGACCAACCGGUCCACCGGGUUUCAAAGGUGAUCGCGGUAUUUCUGGAGUGCACGGUAUACCAGGAAAAGAUGGACAGCCUGGAAGUCCUGGACCUGUUGGUGCUAGAGGUCCGCCGGGUGCUAUUCAAAUGGGUGGAAGAUCAGCCGGAAUUGUGGGGCCGCCUGGACCAAUAGGAGAUGCUGGAGCACCUGGGGAGGCUGGAAUUCCUGGACUAGCCGGGCAGCCAGGUCCGGCAGGCCUUCCAGGUCCAAGCGGGACACCUGGAAAACGUGGGCCAGCUGGUUCUGCUGGACCACCAGGAAGUCCAGGUCAGAAUGGUCGUGCAGGAAUGCGAGGUCGAGCAGGUAGUCCAGGUCAACUUGGCGGGCAAGGCCCUCCUGGAGUGCAAGGUCCUGCAGGCGCCCCGGGCGUCAGGGGACCACAAGGCCCUCGUGGUCUUCCUGGCCGUCAGGGUACGCAAGGUUCCCCAGGAAAGGCCGGACUAAAUGGUCCACAAGGUGAAACUGGUUUACCAGGGAAACCAGGGAAACAAGGUCCAAUAGGAUCACCUGGACCGGCUGGAAAGGAUGGUGACCCUGGAGAACCUGGUCCCCCUGGAACAAUCGGUGAACCUGGAGAUGUUGGCAGUCCAGGAGCUCCUGGAAGAGACGGGUCGAUUGGAAUGAUUGGUAUGCGUGGCUCUUCAGGAGGACCUGGACCGAGAGGACCACCUGGUCCACUAGGCCUAAGCGGCCCACAAGGAGCAGCUGGACCAAGCGGACCACAAGGUGCUGAAGGACCAAGAGGUUCAAAGGGCGUUAAAGGACCACCUGGAUCGGAAGGACUUGAGGGACCUCCUGGGGAAGAUGGUGGACAAGGCCCUGAAGGAUUAGCUGGACCGGUUGGUGAACCCGGGCUUGAUGGGCCCAGAGGUCAGCGUGGUGCUCCGGGUCCCUCAGGCCCAGUUGGAGAAGUAGGACCACCUGGUCAAGAUGGUCGUCCUGGACCACAAGGAGAACGUGGUGUUUCUGGAAAGCCUGGACUUCCGGGACCACCAGGAGCAAAGGGAGUUGAGGGAGAAAUUGGUGCAGAUGGACAAGAUGGAUCCAGUGGUCUUCCUGGAAGUCCGGGUGGUAGAGGUCACCCAGGAUGGUCAGGACCCCCAGGUCCACCAGGUCCUCCCGGCCCUGAUGGCGUACGUGGUGACCCUGGUGAAAUCGGUUAUCCUGGAAAUCCAGGACCAGCAGGGGAAAGUGGGCCUAUUGGUGAGAGUGGAGCUAAAGGCCCUAAAGGACAAAGGGGAGAAACUGGACUACCUGGCCCACCAGGGCCAUCAGGUCGUGAUGGAUCCUCCGGACCUCCUGGACCAAUGGGACCCCCAGGGCCUCCUGGACCACCUGGAAUGCCAUCUGUACAACUACCAAUAACCAGUCGAAGCACAAAGGCAGGAAAUAUUUAUGGUGAUGAUCCAUUAGCAGGAAAAAUUAUGGGAACAUAUGAACCUGCAAGACCAAGAGGAACAAAAUCUUCUCCAGCAGUAACUUGUAAACAGCUGGGAGAAUACAAUAAAAAUCUACCGGAUGGAUUCUAUUGGAUUGAUCCAAAUGGACACGAGAUUAAUGACGCCGUACAAGUCUUUUGUAAAUUUAAGACAAGUGAAACAUGUAUUCGAUCGAAACAGGAAGCACUAAACAUCAAUCAUCCAGAAGACUUGAAUUCAACUGAAGCAGAUGGUAGCUUAGAUGGUCAGUUUUAUGAAAUAAUCUCCGUCUUCUAAUAAUGCUAUCAAAAUUUAUAAAAGGGACUAACUGUUUUGAAUUCUCCUUACAUGUUGAGUGAGUGGUGUUGAAUAUAUGUUCAUGCAUUUAUUCCCCUUGAUGAAUUUGAAUAAAGCAAGAAUAACAGUGGUUUGCGCAGAGUAAUAUGGUACUAUCAUUUAUUUCAUUGGCUUCUCAUCAUCUGCUUACAGCCUGAAUAAAUUAUUAGGUUUAUGUACAGAAAAGUUUUAACGUACUUGCAAAUUUUUCAUGAUGUCAGUUGACAGAAAGUUCCACAAUUAAUGAACAGUGCUCAGAAAAUUGCAAUUAUAUAGUUUUUUACACAGGCAUUUCAAGUUUAAACAAAGUAAAUAUAUGCAUACAAUGGUAAAGGGGUUACUUAAUAAAGACGGGAGAUGCGUAAGAUGCUGAGUGACUAAUAAAUUAGGUAACAAUGUCCUGAGUUCAACUUAAAUCAUAGAAACAAAAGAAAAGCAAAAUUACACUAUGUCAAAG